UGAUUCUUUACUUUUACAUAACCAGGAAGUGAACCGACAGAAUUUCUUCUUCUGUGGUUGUUGAGCGAUUUGCAUUGUUUACUGCCUCCCAGCGGUCAAUAUAGGCGUGAAGGUGAAUGCAAGGUUUCUAGCUCCAGGCGGUAAUGAGCCCGGAACUGUUGAACAUCCGUCGAGCUGACCCAACAUCAGGGGAGCAUAUCGGAUUGGAUUCCCUUUAAACUGACUGACUAAGCAGGCGCUUAUUCAAAAUGAAGACUCUGAUGGUUUUCGAUUUCGACGACACAUUGAUCGAUGACAACAGUGACACCUGGGUUGUCAGAUGCCUUCCAGAUCAGACUUUACCUUACUUUGUGGAGAACACCUACAGAAAAGGCCACUGGACUGAGUUCAUGGGCAGAGUCAUGCACUACAUAGGAGAUCAGGAGGUCAGCCCUGAAAGGAUCAGAAAUGUGAUGGAGACCAUCCCCCUUACACCUGGCAUGACAGACUUGCUGAGGUUCAUAAUAGAAAACAAAAACACCAUCGACUGCAUAGUUCUCUCUGAUUCUAACACCAUGUUCAUAAACUGGAUCCUGCAUUCAUCUGGGCUCCAGGCGGCUGUUGAUCAGGUUUUCUCCAACCCUGCUAAGUUCAAUGACAACGGGUACAUGGAAGUCCAGCCCUACCACUCCCAUGACUGCAGUCGAUGCCCUGUCAACCUCUGUAAGAGAAAGGUCUUGGAGCUUUUCCUGUCAGAGAAGUCGAACGGAGGCGUGGACUACGAGCGGGUGUUUUACGUGGGAGACGGCGGGAAUGAUCUCUGUCCUACGUCCUGUCUGAGAGGGCAGGAUGUUGUGAUGCCAAGGAAGGGGUACACGCUUGAGAAAAUGAUAGGCAAACUGAAAGCUCAGGAAGAAAACUCCUCCUUGAAAGCGAGAGUCGUCAGCUGGAGAUGUGGCACCGACAUCCUCCAGGAAGUGAGAGCAAGUACACAGUCGUAGCCGGAACACGAGGAGAGCAGUGCUCAGCUGACGUCUCAGGUCUAACACAAAUAUUGCAAAUAUGAAGUUUAGGGGACUGUUCCUACUCACCUAAAACAGCAGUAUUUCUAACUAUACAAAUGUACAAUGUUGAUGACAAAAUUAGAUUUUUGAACUUGUUAGAAAUCUCUAUUAUUCAAUUAUUAUUAUUUACAGUAUUGGUGCUCAGGAAAACAACCACCUCAAACAUGGGCACCUUAUUAUUGAUUUGCCUUUGAUUUUUUUUUUUUUUUUGCAAGUUGCAAAAAACAUUGUAGCCUGUGAUUUUGUUAAAGUUAUUUUUAACAUAGUGUUUUAAAUUAGACCUGAAUGAUGAAGGGGUUCUUUCAAAGGCUUAUACUUUUUAAAGAACAAAGUAGGAGAGUCAGCUUCUCCCUGCUUAAAGCUACCAGGUGAUGUCAGUCUCCCCUGAGCUGGCCGCAAAGUUUCCUAAUUGACUAACUGAGUUUAAAGAAGUGAGACAGUAUUUACACAAUUUUAAAGGAAAUACAAACUCUGUUUUGUUUAGAACUUUUAGGGCAAGACACCCCCCCCACGCACACACUAAUCAAGUAAUUAUGUAAUAAUCUUGGCUAAAUUUUGGUAUUUAUUAGCAUAUGAUGUAGCUUUUUUGCAAUGGGUUUAAUGUUUGCAGCUCAGUGCAGCUGAGUUUGAAGUCAAACCCUCAAUUGAUGGCUUAUUAUAACCGCUACCUCAUGAAGUUCAACACCUUGUCUGAACCAUCUGAUAUGCUUCCAGCCUCGUUCCUUUCACAUUGUAUUGAGGAAGUUAAAUCCUGUUUUUUUACCAAUUUCCUAAAAUUAAGCAGCAACAAGAAUGAAGUUUUACUAUUUGUUACAAAAUCAACACUAAGCAAAACUAAAACCUUCUCAGUUUUGAAUCUAAUUUCUCGAUUUUCCCCUUCCACUCAGGUAAAGAGCUUGGGUGUUGUCCCAGACAGCGCUCUCUCCUUUCACUCCCGUAUUAAUAGUAUCACUCCGUCUGCCUGUUUCCAUCCCAGAAACAUCGGUCGUCUCCGUCCCUCCCCCACCACUCACUCAGCUGCUAUCCUUGUUAAUAGCCUGGUUACCUCCAGACGUGACAAUUGUAAAUCUCUCUUAUAUGGCUUUAAAUGUUUCCAGUAACUAAUCUAAUCAGACUCACAUUGAAGAUAAGAUGAUAAGGAGUUGUCUAAUCAAUACCAGCAUCAAUGUCUUCUUCCAGGGUAAUGAUGGAGUUUUACAUGUGUGCUGUAAAGCAGUUGUAUACGUCAUAGUAAUGACCUUGAUUCCUCUUAUUUGACUUUAACUACCUGCCUCUAAUUUCUCUGUUAAAUCAAUCAAUAAUUUAAAUUUUUUACAGACUUAUGCUACACACAGAUAUUCAACAUUGGACAAAAGUGUAGUGUUUAUGUGUUUGUUUACAGUAGUACUAUGUUAUUUAGUUCUAGGAAAUGCAUAGAGAACCUUUACAUAACCUAGUAAGUUCCAGUCAACUAUUACCUCAACUGACUUUGCCACUUUAAAAACAAGGCUUCAAAGGGAUUGUAAUUGUUCAUGGAGGGCAUGCGUUGAGAACUUUUAGUACUGAUGCUGUCAAAAAAAAUAUUUGAAAACAUUUGUUUACUUUUAAGUUUAUAUGUUAAAUGUCAUUAAAAUAAGAAAGCUGG